CCGGUCAGGCUCCUCCCGCGGCCCGGCAGGCCGGGGCAGUGCCGCACGGUCAGCCCCUCUGGGUCAGUCCCCGGCUCUGCUCAAGGGCCUGCCUGUAGGAAUUUGUGUUCAGCUUCCUGCUCUCCCCGUGCGCCUCCCUGCUGGGAGUCCCGCUGGCGCUCAGGCUCCUGGUGCAGCAGAGGGAUGGCGAGGGUUCUGGCUAGGCCCGGGAGUGCGGGAAGAGAGGACGGAGCCUGGGGACAAGCUCCAUAGAGAGGAGAAGGUAGUUUUGAAUGGAAGAAAGAAAGUUUUUUCUCUGAAGAAAUGGCCUCCAGCACUGGAAAUGAAAAGGGCGUGAAUCCUGUGCUCAGAAUAAGUCAACUUGAUGCUCUUGAACUAAACAAAGCCCUGGAACAACUCUUGUGGUCCCAGUUUACCAACUGUUUUCAUGGAUUUAAACCAGGGGUGUUGGCUCACUUUGAACCAGAAGUAAAAGCAUUUUUAUGUCUUAUAUUAUGGAGAUUCACUAUCUAUUCCAAGAAUGCAACUGUGGGACAGGGUAUUCUGAAUAUUCAAUACAAGAAUAACUUAUCUCAGACAGAGAAAUACCAACCUCUGAGCAAACAACAAAAGUUAUGGUAUCUUAUUUUCACUGUUGGUGGAAGAUGGUUGGAAGAAAGAUGUUAUGAUUUAUUUAGCAAUCGUCAACAACAAUCUUUCUCCAAAAUUAAGAACUAUAUUAGCUUUGGAGCUGGACUUCUAAAACUUUGUGGACUUCUAAAUUUUCUGAUUUUUCUUCGGAAGGGAACAUUUGCAACACUUACAGAACGCAUUCUAGGAAUUAGGUCAGUUUUUUGCAAGCCACAAAGUGUUCGUCAGGUAGGAUUUGAAUACAUGAACAGGGAGCUCUUAUGGCAUGGCUUUGCUGAAUUUCUGAUUUAUCUACUGCCACUUAUUAAUGUACAGAAACUGAAACUUAAAAUUUCGUCUUGGUGUUUGCCUAUUGCAGGUCUUUCCAAUAGUGAAAACACGUUAGCAAGCCACUGCAGGGAAUGUUCACUGUGUGGGGAAUGGCCUACUAUGCCUCAUACCAUAGGCUGUGCACAUGUUUUUUGUUACUACUGUAUUAAAAGUAACUACUUAUUUGAUAUGUAUUUUACAUGUCCUAAAUGUGGCUCAGAGGUACACACUCUUCAACCACUGAAGUAUAAAAUUGAAAUGACAGAAUUGCAUGUCUGAUAUGUGGUUGAUUUUGUUUUAUACAAUACAUGAAAUAUAUUGAAGAGAUUAAUGGAAGAAUUCGGAGGCUAUUGGAAGCUUAGAGAUGGUUUUGGAGACUCUGUAAUUUGUCAUAACAUAUAUUUUUACUGCUCUUAGUUUUUUUAUU